CUCUGCAUUUCAUUAUGCCUCCAAUCAAGCUUCUCUACGCAAAGGCUUAUUUCCCCGCGUUUCCUUCGGGAUAGAUCAGUCGGGUGAUUGCGAAUAACAUAAGGCGACGCUGGUCUGCGCCAAUAAAUGUUGCCAAACUCUAGCCCUCUAUCUCUGUGAAUUAGACAAUAUGAGACUCCCCUCACCAUCACUUGCGGCCCUUGCCUUGUAUUUUGCUGUGGCAUCCGCGAGCAUCAAGCACGUCACCCUUCCCAACGGACGUCGGCAAUGCACCGUACACGCCAACGGCAAUCAGAUCGACGACGUUCCCAACCUUCUCAAGGCCUUCGAUAGAUGUGGCAAUGGCGGCGACAUCAUCUUCCCCAAGAAUGAAGACUACUACAUCGCCACACGCCUCAACCCCGUCGUCAACGACGUCCACAUCCACUGGCACGGCCAAUGGACAUUUUCACCCAACCUCACUUACUGGCGGCAGAACUCCUACCCGAUAUUCUUCCAAAACCACGCCGCCGGCUUCGUCCUCAGCGGUGACGGGAUCUGGAUCAAUGGCUACAACACCGGCGGCAUCUUCGGCAAUGGCAACACUUGGUACGUCGCCGAAGCCGCAUCGCCCGUAGGCGACACACAGCCCGGACGCCCCAUGCCGUUCGUCUUCUGGAACGUUUCAGACGUGUCAGUGUCCAAUUUCUAUGUCCGUGAUCCUCAGCUUUGGGCUAUCAACAUCAUGAACGGGACGAAUAUGGCGUUCGCUAAUAUCACGGUCAAUGCGACAGCGCCGUCUGCGCCGAAGAACGGAACGAACUGGAUUCAGAACACGGAUGGGUUCGAUACCAUGGACGCGAAUAACAUCCUAUUGGAGAACUUUGUGUAUCAGGGCGGCGAUGAUUGCGUGGCUAUCAAGCCGAGGAGCUACAAUAUUAAGAUCAGGAAUGUGACGUGCUAUGGCGGAAACGGUAUUGCGAUUGGCAGCCUGGGCCAGUACCUCGAGGACUCGAGUGUGGAGAACGUGGUCAUUGACGGCGCGAGGCUCAUUCGCAAUGAGUGGCUGCACGGUUCUGCGCUUAUCAAGACUUGGGUUGGUGUGCUUGUCAACCAAUCGAGUCGCGGCUAUGAGUCGGCAUAUGUUCCCCGCGGCGCUGGUUGGGGCAGCAUCCGCAACGUUCUGUUCUCGAAUUUCCAUGUUGAAGGUGCUGAGGCUGGGCCAGAGAUCAACCAGGACAGCGGAAACAACGGCACCAAGGCGUUCCAGGGAAGCAGUCUGAUGGAAAUCUCGAAUAUCGUGUACGCGAACUGGACCGGAUAUCUUCACCUCGAUGAUGGUGCCAACAAGACUGCUGAGGUCUCAUGUUCAAAGGUGCAUCCUUGCUACAACAUCGACUUCAGGAAUGUGAGCCUGACGGUGGCCGAGAACUCCUCGGACACAGGCACGGGCGGGUGCAAAUUCGUAGGAGCGGGCGGCAUCCACGGAUUGAAUGGUACGGGAUGCUGAGACGAGACACUAAUCGUAAUAGACGUAGACGCAAAUGAAACAUCUCACUGGGAAUUAUUGCCGGU